AUGGUAGGGCACGACAGCCGCAGGAAGAUGGACAAGACAGACACAUUCCGACCAACAAAACCCAGGCCCAACAAGGCAUGUGAAGCACUGCCGGUUCUAGGUCCGCCUGGCCCAGAUUCAUCCUGCAAGCUCGUCGUCGCGGUCGUCUCCGCCUCACCAUCGCCUGACAACCUUCACCGUCCCACCCGACGCUGGGAGCUCGCCACCACCAGCCUGUCGCCCACCAGCCUGCGUCUCCACAACCUUGAGCCACCACCGCUGCCUCUUAGUGGUCGUAUCCGCAUAGAGGACAUCAUCGCGCCACCGCCGGCAGAUCUAGGCCCGCCUGGCCCAGAUCCGGCCCACAGCGAGCACGACACAACAGCCCGCGCGCCGCCGCCCGCCACGCAGCACAGCUCGCCGUCGAGCCUCCCUCCUUCCUCCGCAGAGGUCGACCGAGCAUCCACCACCCAGUACUGCAGCGGCGACAUACCACAGCCCUUGCUGGCCUCAGCCCGCGUCGCUCGGAGACGCGCUACCACCACCCCGUCGCGUUGCUGCAGCAGGCCAGGCCCGAGCGUCGGCACGCCGUGGCACCCGACGGUCGCGCCACGCCCUGUCCCGGAGGAAGCUUCCCACGCCCAUCCACCCGUGCCAGAGAACAAGAGGGCCUCGCCGCCGCCGACACCGGCCAGGCUUUGUUCGGCCGCGCCCUCAGGCAGCGGUGAGGGAGGAUAG